AUGAACCGACACCUAUUCCGUCGUUUAUUGUCUCAACCGGUAGCCAACAAGGGAUCGGAACUACGCGACCACCAGGCUAACGAACGAACCUUUCUGUCUUGGAACCGUUUUGGGCUAGCCUUUGCGGCUAUGUCACUUGCUCUCGCUCGACUUGAUAUCAUUGACAACAUCUUCAACCGAAAACACCGCGAGGAGACAGCCGCAGCUUCCAAAGCAUCAUUGGAAACCAAAUCCGAGAGAACUUUAUCAAACAGACAGACAGAGAACACGCCAAUUCUUCUUGAGUACGCGAAUGAUCAUGUCGCUAGCCGCGUAUGCCAGGUCAUCAGUAUUUGGUCGUUUGGGUAUUCACUGGCCCGGUAUACUUCCACUCGGAGAAAUCUAUUGUUAGGACGUUAUGUCCCUUCAAUCUGGGGGCCUAUCUUUGUCACACUUGGUUCGCUCGGAGUGUUUGGUAUGACCCUCAAGUUGGGGUAA